GCCACUCCUGUCAUGACUUUUAUCCCAUUUCACGUGUAGGCACAUCCCACCAAUCAACAAGAGUUUUGGUAAAAUGUUGACCACGUGACAAACAGCUGGAAUUGUUUUGUCACAAUCAGUUGCUGUAGCUCGUAAAACAAGAGGAGCGGAAGUAACUCGCAGCAGAACAAAGUUGGGUAUUUCCUUUCGUGACGCAGUAUGGAGCUUUCUGUCACGCUGAUUUCAGCCGGACUGCUGAUUGUUUUGCUGUUGCUGUUAAAGUUAAAGAGCCGUAAAAAUGUUUGUUUACCUCCAGGUCCGACCGCUCUGCCUAUCAUAGGAAACCUGCUGCAGCUGGAUAGGAGAGCUCCCUUCAAAACUCUGCGUAAGCUCAGUGAGAGCUAUGGGCCUGUGAUCACUGUGUACCUGGGCCGUCAGCGCGUUGUGGUCCUGGUGGGGUAUGAUGCAGUGAAAGAGGCUCUGGUGGACCAAGCAGAUGAGUUCACUGGCAGGGGGCCUAUUCCUUUCUUGCUCAGAGCUACCAAAGGCUAUGGUCUGGCGAUCAGUAAUGGAGAGCGCUGGCAACAGUUGCGCCGUUUCACCCUGACAACGUUAAAAGACUUUGGGAUGGGGCGUAAGGGGAUGGAGGAGUGGAUCCAGGAGGAGGCCAAGCACCUGGUGGCCCGUUUGAAUAGUACCAAAGCCACACCCUUUGAUCCCACCUUCUUCCUGAGCUGCACUGUGUCCAAUGUGAUCUGCUGCUUGGUGUUCGGUCAACGCUUCAGCUAUGACGAUGACAGUUUUCUUCACCUGCUGAAGAUAAUCAGUGACACCCUGAAGUUUGGCAGCAGUCCUUGGGGUCAGCUUUAUAAUAUCUUCCCGAGAUUGAUGGAGUGGCUGCCAGGUCGACAGCACAAAGUGUUCGCUGGGGUCGACAAGGUGAGAGAUUUUAUAAUGAAAAAAAUCCAGGAACACCAGGACACGCUGGACCCCAGCUCACCCAGAGACUACAUUGACUGCUUCCUCACUAGACUCAGUCAGGAAAAGCAUCUUCCCACGUCUGAGUUCCACUAUGAGAAUUUGGUGGGGACAGUGUUGAAUCUGUUCUUGGCAGGAACUGAGACAACCAGCUCAACUAUCAGAUUUUCACUAAGUGUACUGAUCAAGUACCCAAAAAUACAGGAGAAUAUGCAGCAUGAGAUAGACACUGUGAUUGGGCAGGAACGCAGUCCUCGUAUGGAGGACAGGAAGUCCCUCCACUUCACAGAUGCAGUCCUUCAUGAAAUUCAGCGCCUGAUGGAUAUUGUCCCCAUGGGCAUCCCUCAUUAUGCACUACAUGACAUCACUUUCAGGGGUUACACUAUUCCAAAGAACACAAUUAUUAUUCCCUUGUUACACUCUGUGCUGAAAGAAGAAAAACAAUGGGAGACCCCUUGGUCCUUUAACCCCCAGCACUUCCUCGACCAUAAUGGCAACUUCAAGAAAAAUCCGGCAUUCAUGCCAUUCUCUGCAGGAAAGAGGGCUUGUGUCGGAGAGUCGCUGGCUCGCAUGGAGAUCUUCCUCUUCAUGGUGUCACUUCUCCAGCGUUUCACCUUUUCUGUCCCAGGAGGACCUGACGGUGUAGAUCUCAGCCCCGAGUACAGCAGCUUUGGUAAUUUGCCUCGCAUGUACAACAUCAUUGCAACACCCCGAUUGUAGCAUUGACAUUGUACUGUUGUCAACCUCUGUCUGGCCUUUGAUUGAUCACUUAUAUCAAGGAACCAGCAAGUUAAGCACCUUCACUUAUCUUUUCGUGCAUCUUGCGAGAUUUGUCAUGACCUUAUGGUCUCCACUAACUCUGCCUUCUCAGGGCACACUGUGCACGCUCAUUAAUUCUGUAAAACCUCGGGGGCCACUGAGGUGCUGCAAUCUUGUUAAAAAAAAUCUAAGUGCAUUUUCAGUUAUGCAACGCAAUGUACCCAACUGGCUUUCCUUAAUAUUUUGUUACACAAAUGAUUCAACCAGUGGUGUUAAGAAUGAGAUCAUUUUCAUGUUUAUACAACUUUCAGCUUGUGCCGUACCUACAGUAUAUGUUGACCUUAUUGAAAAGCUUUCUCUCAGUAUGUCAGUCUGCCAUGUAGCACCAACAUGUUCAUACAGAUAGACCAAACUCUGACUUAAGAUUCAUUCUUUUUGUGGGAUUCACAGCGACCAAAGGUUCAUCAUUACACACUUUAAAAGGGGAGGGUGAAGGGAGCUGUUCUCAAUUGUUUGCAACCUGCAACCCUGCCACCAGAUGCCAGUAAUGCAUACUCUUCAGUCCUAUUUAGUGUUAGGAAAAAAAGUCAUUGCUGGAAUUUGAAUGUUAGGUUUAUUGAGUUGUUUUGGAUUAUUUAUAUAUAUAUAUAUAUAUAUAUACAUUGUUUCCCCAUAAAACUAUAUAUUUCAUUUUUUUUCCAGUAGAAGAUGAAUCGCAUGAUAUCGCAUAAAAAUAAAAUCAACGUUUUAUGAUCUACUUUCUUUAAAAAAAAACCUCAAAACGGAUUAUAUUGGCCAAGUUCCAUCAAUACUCUUGUGACUGCCCCUUACCACAGAGACCCUCUUCUGUUUUUUUUUUAACAGCCUGUAGCUCAGUGACGUAAUGAGAGUAUCAUCUGUAAUCUGAUGAGUUCAAGGUCAGGUAAUCGGUCAAGCUAUGUGUCAGGUUGUCAGUUUGUUGAUGCAUGUUCAGGUGUAUCACUGUCCUGUGUCUCAGUGACUGUACAUGUCAGGCUUACAGGAUCACUGCCAAAGACAGCGGCUGCAUGUGUUAAACUCAUCAUAUUACUUAAGAGUAGCAGGUAUUAAUAAUCCUUAACUGUAUUUCACAACAAGUACUUCAUGUUAUAAAUGGUACUGUGUUAUACAUUCUGUCAUUUUUUAAAAUUGUGUUAUAAAGCUAACUCAUUGCUUCAUCCUAUAUUUUAAUGAUACAAUUAAAGAAUAGUGAUUUAUCGGCUCUUUUCUCAUGUAAUGAUCAUAUUUUGUAGCAAGUAUGAACCUGCUGUCUUUCAGUGACCAUACUGCUAAAAAAAACUAUUCAGUUCAUGUGAGGAUGGCACACUGUUGACCUUUAGGAUGCAUUUCAUGUCAUUUAUGUAUCUAUAAAAAAAGCAGAAACUAUAUUGCACCUGGUGUAAGGUGUUGUUGGCUCUAACACGUCCUUUCUUUGGUAAUAGUACUCUUAAGUGUGUCUUAAAAUGUAAAUGCCCAAACUAUCGUAUGAUGUGAAGAGAAAAUGAAGUUAAAUGUCACAAAAACAGACAUGGGGAAAGUGAAGACAGAAUAAAAAAAUAUACAUUCUUACUGUCACACCAAGAAUGAAUGCGUCUUCAAGAUGACUGUUUUGAAAUAAUUCCACAAGGCAUACGGUAGCACAAGUCCGUUUUUUUUCCAAGGUCAAUAAGUUAUAUGUUGGGCAGGUGAUAUUUAUGUUUCACCUGCUUCUUGACAUCCGGUGCUGGUGAGAUGUUGCUGUUUGGAAGCUGAGGCAGGUACUGCGCCUGGAGGGAGAACGAAGAAUACAGAGAGUUCACUACCUGAAUGAUUUUCUUUGGGUUUUGUUCUGUCGGGAUGAUGAUUCAUCAGAGCGUGAGAGGGAUUCAUUUAAAUCAUGAUUGGGUGAUUAAAAGCAUGAACUUUCUUUUGGGAGAGGGGUGGUUACUGUAAAUAAAUUAUUUUUCAAAUAU